UAGUUUUGAGGCCCAUAACAACUGUCGCCAUUGUUGCGAUCAAUUUCUCAUUUAAACCGUCUAUGAAACUGCAGAAAUUUUUGUGCUUCUCUAUAUUUUUAGCUGUUGCUCUUCUGGUAAGUAGUGAAAAAGAAGAAGUUCAUGCGUUACAAGAACCCAAGAGCCUUACUCCGUUGAUUUCGAUUACUUUUACUUCCAAUUAUAUUGACACUAGACUUGAAAGCAAGCAGAAGCAGUACUGGAUUUUGAUUCUUCUGAUAUUUUUCCAUUUGGGGUUUCUGUGCUGCAUUUUUUCUAUCUUUUCAUCGAUUUUUGUUCUUAAUCGCAACCCCUUUUUCCGGAACUCAAUUUCUUGAGACUCGAUGAUUCAGAGUUCGUUGGUAAUUUCGAAAAAUUGAAAAUGGGGUCGCUCUUGAUUCUGACGUUCGUGUUUGGUUUUGUUUUUGGGGUUGCGGCAAUCAUUGCGGCGGAGGCUUUUGGAAUCUUCAUCAUUUUGAACAAGUUGAGCAAGAGGUCUCAUAAGGAUUUAGCUAAAGCCAAUGCCAAGUUAGAGCAAUCUGAGCCAGAUCCUCUUCAAUCCCUUGAAUUUCUUUCGAACAAACAGGGUUCUGUUUGGAUAUUAGAAUCAAAUGCCCUAGAAGAUAUCAUAGAGCAAGGACCUAGAGAGCAAAGGAAAAGGAAGGAUUUCUUGGAGGUAACUCCAGUCAAAAAGUAUGCAAGAAUCAAGGACCACACGUUAGAGAUAUUGGAACCGGAUGGUAAGAAGAGAACAAUACAAUUAAAUGGCUGCACAGUUGAAGCUGUUUCAGCAGCAGACUUGCCUUCAAGAAAAUGGGUGAAAAGGUUCCCUUUAAAAUUGGAAAAUAGGGCUUCUGUAAUUUAUAAUGAAAGUAAAAGGAUUUUCAUUUUUCUUGAGACUUCCUGGGAGAAGGAAUCAUGGUGUAAAGCCCUCCGUUUAGCUUCAUGUGUUGACAAAGAAAGACUACAGUGGUUUGCUAAAUUGCAGAAAGAGUUCCAUAGUUAUAUCUCUUCAUUAAGUACUGGGUAUCCUUCCUUUAUGAAGCCCUCUGCAGGGUACCAUGCUGAAGCAAUAGAUAAGGAGAUGAAGCAUAACGCUCCUCCUUCAAAGGUUCGCCAAUUUUUCAAAAAGCUGGCAAAGAAGACUUCAAAGGCUGCUUCAGACUACAAAGUAAAUCUGUCUUCUUCUUCUUUGCGUGAAGAAAAAAAGUUUAGCGAGAGGUUUCAUCCAAGUCCAGAUUUUAUUUCUUCUGUGGGAUUAGGAAGGGGAAUUCCAAAGGCACCGAGUACUAAAAGCUUCUUUGAGGAAGAUAUGGCAGCACCAUCGACCUUGACUCAUUCAAUUAGCCAAAGUCAUGCCUCUGUUAUCUCUGAUGCAGAUACUGAUGACAGAUUUUGGACUGAUGAAGGAACGCUUUGUUGGAAUUUGUUGAUGUCAAGAUUCUUUUUUGAUGCCACAAGCAAUGAAGGGCUAAUGAAAUCCUUACAUGAUCGAAUUCAGAGGAUGUUGUCCAAGAUGAGGACUCCAAGUUACAUUGGCGAAGUGAUCUGUACUAAAGUUCAUCCUGGAAACCUCCCCCCCAAUAUUAAUAUUAUUAGGGUUCUUCCCUUUGAAUUGAAUGAGGUAUGGGCCUUGGAGGUUGAUUUUGAAUACUCUGGAGGCUUUGCCUUAGACAUCGAAACUAGAAUUGAAGUUCAUGAAUUAGAUCUUCAAAAAAGCGCAGUAGACUCAAAAUCUGAUUCAAGUGAUGUUGGGGAGGUCUCUUCACUUCUAGAAGAUUAUCUUGGAAAACAGCUCAGUGCCUCUGAAGGAACAGAUCACAAUGAGGAAGGUGGAUCAGGAAACAGUAAGAACCCUACGUCCUCAGCCUCUAGUGGAUCCAGGUGGAAAUCUCUAAUGAAUUCCAUCGCUAAACAGGUUUCUCAGGUGCCUAUCUCUUUGGUAAUAAAGAUUGCAUCUCUUCGAGGGACACUUCGGUUACAUAUAAAGCCGCCUCCUUCUGAUCAGCUAUGGUACAGUUUUACGUCGAUGCCUUAUUUGGAGUUGCGCUUGGAUUCGUCGUUUGGGGACCAUAAGAUAACUAGUGCACAUGUUGCUCAGUUUUUGAACAAUCGGCUUAAGGCAGUGAUCAGAGAUACUUUAGUGCUCCCCAACAGUGAAAGUAUUUACAUCCCAUUUAUGAUGGCAGAGAAGGAUGACUGGGUUCCAAGGGAUGUUGCACCAUUUAUGUGGCUUAACCAAGGAGCUACUGAUAAUAAAACAUCAUGUGAAAAUCAAAGGUCCCAUCCUGUAGAGGCCAAAAAUAGAUCUGAAGCUAGUAAAACCACCUCCACAGACCAACAGGGUAUUGAGCAUAAAAGACCUAAGAACAUUGAAUCUUCUCAACCACACAUUGACUUGUUAAAUGUAUCAAAGCCUUCAUCAAGUAUUGCCAAUCCAGCUCCAGCUACAGAAAAGACAUCAGACGAAAAUGAAAUGGAAGUCCCUUUAUUAGAGAAUGACAAAGCAGUAGAAAUUUUCCUGCAAAAUAGAGAGUUUGCCCAAGAGAAUCAAUCGCCAUCUAGGUCGAUAAGCAGCUUAUCUGGGCAGGAAAAUCAUAAUGCUGAAGAAGAUGAAGCAAAGCCAAGGAGAAUAGGAAGAAGAGCUAGAAUGCUAGAAAUAGGGAAGAAGAUGGGGGAGAAACUAGAAGAAAAGAGACGUAAUAUUGAAGAAAAGAGUAGGAACAUUGUUGAGAAGAUGCGAGGACCAUAAAUUAUGAAACCUCAAUAGUUAAAGAUGUGAAUGUGAUUCUGAGUGCAAAUGACCGUUCUUCGUUUCUUCCAAACUCAAUACUGAAGCAACCGGAGUACAAAUUUUGCAAUCAUUGUUUUUCUUUCUCAAUACUAGAGUUCGAUUCAAGCGGAGCUGAGGCAAUUCAAAUUGUAUUGGUCCAGUCCUGAGUAUAGGAAAUCCUUAAUGAGAUAUUUUUGUUUUUAUGGGUUAGGUCUGACACUUUUCUCUGUAUAGAUACAUUACAGCUUAGUCAUCAUGAACAUUUGUUAGCCAUAAAGUACAUCAAAUAAUUGGAGCUAUCAAUACAUAAAGUAUUUUUUUUCUGUA